UGUAGGAUGCACCUUCCACAAAGAGUCGUCGUUCUUGCACGUGUUGACGCGACGACGCGCCUGCCAAAUUUCCCCGCGCAACGCGUACCUUCCAACUUCAACCCCACACACUCUGGAUUCUACACCCACGCAUCCCACCACAUCUUACAAUCAACAUGUCGCGGGGCGAAACACCGUUGGUGCGCGACGUACCAGACGAGGAAGACUAUACCUACGUUCAUCGCGUGUUUCUUCAGUCGUUCUUCACACAUGGCGUACUGACAAUAGACGAGAUCAAGCCCGUUCUCGCAGCCAUCAUGACCGCACACAAUCCUGACCGGCCCUUCCCAGAAGGCGACGUGACCCAGUCCGGCUUUAUAACCCCAAUAAUUCAAACCAUCAACGCGAAACUCGAGCCCUACGACUUCGAAAUCCGGCACGCACGCAACCAGCAAACCAAAGAAACAACCUACGCCCUCGUAAACAAGACCUCCGACUCCAUGACCCAGCUCGCAACCCGCUUCACCGCAAACGAAAUAGCAUACAUCCGGCGCCUGCUAGAUGCCAUGUUCGAAACAAACAACACACCCACACGCGAAAUUAUGGCGAUAAAGCCAAUGGACGCCUCGCAACUCGCGCGCCCACGGCGAAACCGGCAAUCGCAAGCCGCCAGCAUGGUCGACGAAGACGUACAAUUGCAAGCCGCAGACACGGGCAUAACAAUAGGCGAAGCCGACGCGGUCCUCGACGCUCUGCUUGCAGACAACUUCCUGCAACUUUCGCGCUCCAAAUACUACUCCCUUGCGCCCCGCGCGUUGAUGGAACUGCACUCCUACCUCAAGGAGACGUACAAUGAGACCGCUGAAGACGAAGAUGAUGAGCCGAUGAUCAGGAUAAGGGAUUGUGAGGGGUGUAGAGAGAUUGUGACGUUUGGGAUUCGGUGUAAUAAUCGCGAAUGUGGAGUGAGGUGGCAUGAUCGGUGUGCGAAUCAGUAUUAUAGUGGGAGGAGCGCGGAGGGGAAGAAGUGUCCGAAAUGUAGGACAGUGUGUGGUGGGAAUGUGUAUGUGGGGGAGAGGGCGGAUAGGGUGCCGCAGAGAAAUAGCUCGGGCGGUGGGGCAAGUAGGGAUGAACAGAUGGAUGAGGAUGAAGACGAGGACGAGUGAUUUGAUACCCAGUAGAAGUCGGAAAAGGUGAGAUUCGUGAUCGUGUUCAUGAUGUAGCGGAUAUGUAAUACAGCCAUC